CUGCCUACCAUAUACACGAUAUAUGCUCACCUCCUACCUCGCUGCCGCCGCAGCCGCCGCGCCGGACGGCGGCCCGCGGCCCAACUUCAUGAUCAUCCUCGCCGACGACUUGGGUUUCGACUUGGCCGCUGCGUACGGCCACCCGCUCUCCGUCACGCCACACCUGGACCGGCUCGCUCGCUCCUCUUUCGUGUCCACCGGCCACCACGCCGGCGGCGCCACCUGCGCUCCCUCGCGCGCGGCGCUGAUGACCGGCCGCAACACUAUGGCCUUUCCCAACGAGCGCAACAACGGGAUCGGCGAGCUACCAACAGUGACGGACCUCCUCAAGCAUCAAGGCUACGAGACGGGCCAUUUCGGGAAGUGGCAUCUCGAGAAGGCGGCGGCGGUCGGGGCGUACGGGAUGCAGACGGUGGGCGGGGCUGGCAGCCGGCGGAGGCGGAAGGGGCACAGGCAGGAGCUCUCCCUCGCGAACCUCACCGCGGCGGAGCGGGCGCGGCUCAAGGAGCAGGCGGACGAGGCGGAGCAGGAGGCGAGGCGCAAGGAGGAGGAGGCUCCGGCGCCGACGCCGCUGUGCGCACGCGCCGCGGCGGCCGAUCGGGGCGCCGACCGAGCCAGGCUCUGGCCGGCGAUGUUCCAGGCCGCGCUGCUCUGCCCGCCCGCGUCGGCCGAGGCACGGAGGCGGCACGCGGAGGCGGUCGAGGCGGCGGAGGCGGCGGACGCGCGGGACGGCAAGGAGCUCAAGGCGGCGGCCAAGGCCGCAAAGGCGGCCAAGGCGGCGGGGAACCGCUCGCGGGAAAAGGUGCACUACACCCUCGGCGCUACACCCUCGACCAAGACUACACCCUCCUUUUGCUCGAGGGCUCCCACCUCCAAGAGGUCGCCUCGAGACUCGGACGUCGUCGGCGCCGCCGUGGCGUGGCUGCGCGCGCGCGCCGGCUCGCGCCCCUUCUACGCCAACGUCUGGCUCCACGCGCCGCAUGCGCCGGUGAGUCUCGUCGAGGCGGUCGGGCGGCCGCUCUGCGAAAUGCUCGGCGGGACAGCGGCCAGCGUGCUCGGCGCGACGCCCUUCGGCCACUUGCUCGCGCCGCGGGCGGUGGAUUGGUCGGCGUUCGGAAGGCCGAUGGGCGUCAAGCUGGCGGCGGCGCGGCGUGCGGCUGCCGAGGGCGGGCACCCGAUCCCGGAGGGCGGGCUCGAGCAGGCGCUCGCCGAGUACCUGGCGACGGUCUGGGUGGUCGACUUUCAGAUUGGCAACCUGCUCUCCGUUCUCGACGACGAGCUCGGCCUCGGCGCGCAAACCUUCGUCGUCGUCUCGGCUGACCACGGGCCGGAGCGGCCGUGGCCGUUUGGAGUCACCGACGCAGAGCUGAACAACAUGGGCCUCGCCGCCGCCGGCGCGAGCGGCGACAAGCACACCAUCCUCGAGGGCGGGCUCCUCGGGAACCUCGUCGUCCACGCCGCCGCCUACAAGCUCUGGGCGAUCGCCGCGGCGACCGCGUCGCCGGUCGCGGGGAGGCCGGGUAGGGCCGCGAGCCGGUCCAAGAGCCAUCGCCUCAAGCAGCGACUCACGGUGACGCACGGCGGGGCGCAGAUGCACUGGCUGCUCUUCAACCUGAGCGCCGACGCCGCCGAGGCGCGAACGGCCCCGCUGCUCCUCUCGAGCGGCUCCGAGGCGCGGCGUGUGGCGGUGCGGCUCUACUCGCACCUCGACGCAUGGCUCCGCGAGAACGCCGAGCUGCAGCCGGAGAAGUCGACGCGCGAGCGUGAGCUCAGGGCUUUCCGGGAGCUGCCCUCCCUGGUGGCAGCCGCGGCCAAGAAAGCGACGCCCGCAGCGGCGCGGCGGCAGGCGGGAGGAGCUGGAGGCGCAGGCCCUCUGCUGAGCGCAGUCAGUCUUGACGACCUGACAUUUGCCUAAUGCGUUGGAUGUAGAGGAGCGGUCGCGCGGCGCGCAAGCCGCAAGCGAGCCGAGCGGCGAAAUAUUAUUAAUUCCAAAUAUAAC